AUGGAUGUGAUCAAGCAUCUGAGAAAGGAUAUAAGGCAUAAAGAACAUCGCAAUAGCCUGAACUGUUUUCGUUGUGCUUUAUGCAAUGAGGAUUUCAUAGGCGAGUUUGAUUACAUUCAUCACCUCAAACACAAGUGGAUUCACAGAUAUGACCUUCACCAAGCUGCGUGUUGCGGAAGGUUCCAAGAAGUCGGUCAGCUAAUUUUCACUGAAGACGCAAAUGUUACCGGGGCAUCGCAUCAGGUCAAUCCUUCGUCACAGUUGGGUUUUACACCAAUGCACUGUGCAGCAUUCAGGGGAUAUUCGAGAUGUCUCAAGGUAAUGCUCUCUUGGCCAGACGGAAAUCCGAAUAUCCCUGAUCAACAAGGUCAGACUCCAGUCCACCUGGCAGCAAGGUGUGGUAGAGCAACCAGUUUACGUCUCUUGCUCGAUAAUGGUGGAAAACUAGAUUUAAAAGAUGAGAGUGGGCAGACACCAAUUCAAUUGGCACGUUGUCACGAUGAUUGUAUGAAUGAAAUUCUAAUUCAUCAAAUUUUAGCAAUGUUUUCGAAAUUUCGUCUAAAAACAUUCAAAGUUGCCUCGCGGAAAGACGAAGAGACAAAUGAAAAUGUCGAGGGAGCCACUUGCGCCGAGAUUUCUUCGGAAUUUGGGGCUUUUGAUGAUGUUUCCCGUUGGGCUUGUCAAAUUGCAGCGAUGAUAUCCGAACUUCGCCGUAAGAAAAUCACAGCAAAGAGAAGUAUAAGUCUUGAAGAACAUAACGAGACUUCUGAUUCAGAACCCAAGGAUUAUACUGAGGAUAGUUGUUUCUCUGAAAAAGAUCUGGAGACGAAUGAAAGUAUUGAAAAACUGGGAGCCUCCAGUGUAGACGAUUUCUCUGAAUUGGGGGACUCUGAUAAUGUUACACAUUGCGGUAAUCUCGAAAAAAUAUGCUCUUCUGUAAUUGAUGACGUUGAAAAGGGGCAGGAGAUUAUUGGGACUGGUACCAACAAAAUAAUUACAGAAUGUAGAUUCACUGAAGUUUCAUCUGAGAUGUUGCCUUACGAGAUUUUGGCCAGAGGAGAGCAUGCGGUAGAUGCAUUUAAAACUGCCUUGGCUGAAGGCACUGCUUCGGCUUCGAGAUUGAAAAUCAUCGUUGUUGGCGAAGUGGGGGCUGGAAAAACAAGUCUUACUCGGUCUCUUUGUGGUCAACCGUUUAUUGAUACCCGGGAAAAGACACGUGGAAUCCAAACGGCUUCUAUAAGUGAACCUAUCAUAACAAGCAGCAAAGUUGACGAAACGUGGAAACACGCUGACCCCAACGAGUCCCAUUGCGAUGAACUAACAGCACGAUGCGUCAACCUGCCAGGACUACCCUGGACCUCGGAAAAUUUUGAUUUACGCGAGUUAGUGGACCAACUAGCCGUAACAACUUAUCCUGGUUUGCAAACACCAUCGAUCCCGACUCUGGACUCCCCAGAGUAUGUGAGGCGCGUGGUGACCGAGCCAUCAGUCACUAUUCAAGACUCUCCCCGGAAGUACCCGGCCACCCUUGUCGCCAGAAAAUUAUCAAGCGCCGCGACUGAAGAGUCAAGCGUUAAGAAAAUUUUUUGGGAUUUCGCCGGGCACCAACUCUACGAACCAAUGCAUCACGUGUUCAUGAAUAGUAACAGUCUUUAUUUGGUAGUGUUUAAUUUAUUGAAAAUGAGUAAAUCUCCUGAAAAAAGCUUGCGCAAGAUACACUAUUGGUUAAAUUCGAUCGCGAGUCACACGUCCUCCUCCACUCCAGUAAUGCUUGUGGGAACCCAAAAGCUAAGAGUAAACAUUUUGGUUGAUUCCCAGUUCAUUCACACAGCAAGAGGAUUUUGUGAAGAGAAAUUUGCACAUAUGUUUGGUAAUCGCCUUGUCCGAAGUCUUGAUGACGACAUAUUGUUCGUUGUUGAAAAUUCGAAUGCCCAUGACGAUGCUGGAAUUGUAAAAUUAAAGGAUGCAAUUGCAAGGGAUAUCUCUGCUUCGGGCAAGACCUGGUUUGUUAAUCAGGAAUUACCUCUGAAGUGGCUUCAUUGUGAAGAGGAGAUUAUCGAGCAUCAGAAAGAUCCAGAGAGCAAGAAAUGUUUGGAUAUCAGUGCUGUGAAAGAAUUGCUAGAAGACAAAUGCCAGACAACAUUUUCUGAUCACGAAUUUAACUCGAUGUUAACAUUUUUUCACGAUAGCGGACUAAUUCUUCUCCCAGGAAUCAUGCACGAUGUUAGCGAAGAAUCCGUAGGGAAAGAUUUGGUAAUCUUGUCUCCGCAGUAUCUCGUAGAUAUAAUGACCAGCAUCCACGAAGUUCCGAAAAAUAAUGAAAAUCACUUUAAACGUCAAUUUUCUAACGAAUUUAAGAAGCUGAAAGAAGAAGGCCGAGUGGCCGGUACACUACUAGAACAUAUUUGGAAAGAUAAGGUCGAAGAUGUUGACGUGCUUGCUGAACUGCUGUCAAGUUUUAAACUUCUUCACGCUCUAUAUACUGAAAGUGAUAAAAAAGUAGCAUCGUGCCCCACUGAAGCUAAAGAAUUUAUUAUACCAUGCAUGCUAAAGGAUAAAUCUGAUGAAAGUUUUAGUAAACGUUGGCUCAAGGCUUGCAAGGAUUGGGAAGAUCUCACGGAAACUGAACACAAGUUCGUCUUCGAUUUUGGCGGCUUCCUGCCUCCGCCUUUGUUCGACUACUUCUUGGUUCACGUCUAUCAUCACAGCUGCAAAUCGAAAGGAAUGAAGCCAAUUCUGCAAAGACGGGGAGGGAUAUUCUCAAUUUCAAACAGAUAUUUAUUCUGCACAAAAUUGGUGUUGAAAGACUGCCAAAUUUGGGUCCAUGCAAGAUGCAAGAAAGGUGAACAUUUUUCUCACCUUGCAAGCGUAUUAAAGAAAAAAGUCAGCGAAAUCUGUCGUCAGUAUUUUAAAUUUCUUAAAUUUAUUUGCGGCCCCCCUUGCCCACAUAAAGAUUGUCCUGGAGCAACAUUCAACGCGGAUGAUCUACAGAGGCCCUGCGAAUCAAGCUCGUCUGGAAGCGAGAAAAGUUCUGAGUCAGGUGAAGAUGAAGCUGGGUCCAGCACACAAAAUCGCGCAGUCACAAGCAGUAAGUGUGGGGACAAUGAAAAACGUAUCCAUGUGAUUUCUGUUGAUCCGGAAUCGUACCAUCCUCCGUAUUGGUGUCGGUCAGUUGAUUUGAGCAAAUUACUAUCUCAUUGGAAUCCAGAUUUAAAUGUUCAGAAAGAGAUCCCAUUACCUGCUCUGGCGGAAGAAGACAUGGAAGAAUUAAAAGAAUGUGCUGUGGACGAAUGCUGUAUAACAAACGUUUCCAACAAACUGGGCAACAACUGGAAGGAUUUAGGAAGAGAAUUGAGCGUCGAAGAAUCAAAAAUGGACAAUAUUUCAGAAGAAAAUCAUGAACAAAAGGAACGAGGAAUUAAAGUAAUUUUGUCCUGGAAAAAUCAUCUUGGAAGUUCAGCAGUUGUUAGCUUAUUGGCCAGUGCUCUGAAAAAGAUUUCAAGAAAGGACUUAGCGGAGCAGCUAGUGAGUCAUUGUAAGAAUUGCCACAGCAGCAAGAAUUAACAAAAACAAUUUAAAAAGUGAUCCCUGAACUGCGUCCCGCGUGAGCUGAUUUUAAUUUCCUCAGAAGAUAUUUAAUUGGACCCCCAUAAAAGCUAUAUAACCUUCAGUUGAUAGCACAUAUCCUAAGUUCGGAAGGGAUGUAGUCUGUAGUGUCGUUAAAGCACAAUUUUACACAUGAAUCAAAUUCUGUUCAUUACUUAUUUUUAGUUAAUUAAUUAAUUAAUUAUAUUAGUUCAUUGGUAAUUUACUACAGGCAGUUUUUUCAUUUUGAGAUAUUAGGUAUUAGGAACCUUAGAUGAUCAUCUCCACCCUUUCAUUUUUCCACAAUCAGCCGAGGUUCUCCUAUUUUCCAUCCAACAAACGCUCGCACUCUUAUUAACGAUCAUCUAAGGUCCCAAUACGUACCACAUUUUCCAAUUAAAAAACUGUCAUUAGUUGAGACGGAUUGUAUAGUUACACGUAGUUGUACGUGGGAACUGGCCUUAACAACAUAUUGGAUUAAAUUUAGCGAUUUUAAAAAUUUCACUGACAAACCUACAACAAGACACUAUUUCAGCUGAAAAGCGCGACUGUAAAUCGGUAUCUACAAAACACGUCUUGUGACGUGCAUGUCUGAAAAAAUCCGAUCAGAAUAAUAUUUUACCUGAUGAUAUCUAAAUUGUUCUUGUUUCCAGUUCAACCAUGAUGCCAUUUAUAGAUUUUAGAACAAGCUCUGUACUUAUUUUAAUAUCCUCCGUAGCCUGGGUUGAUUUGAUAUUGAAAUGACGCAAUAUUGUUGCCAAAACCACCUUUUCUUCCAUCAACGCGAAUCU